GACAAAUAAAAAACGCACGUGGCUACCGUUGAAUACAAGACACAUCCAGCUGCCUGAAACACACUUUUCUCUGUAAAAUCAAUUCCAAAAUUUUCACCUUCAAUUCUAAUACUAGUCCUCCUAUUUUCAUAUGAGAUAAAUAUUUUUCAAAACCCUAGAUCUGAUUUCGAUCCGAUCUGUUAACACCAUGCCGGUCGCUGCUUCCGCUAUCUACUUUCUCAAUCUCCGCGGCGAUGUGCUCAUCAAUCGCCUCUACCGCGACGACGUCGGGGGGAAUAUGGUGGAUGCCUUUCGUGUGCACAUAAUGCAGACGAAAGAGCUAGGUACCUGUCCUGUGCGGCAGAUUGGUGGAUGCUCUUUCUUCUAUAUGAGAAUUAGCAAUGUGUACAUAGUGAUCGUUGUCAGCAGCAAUGCUAACGUAGCUUGUGCCUUCAAGUUUGUUGUUGAGGCAGUUGCAUUGUUCAAGUCAUAUUUCGGUGGGGCUUUUGAUGAGGAUGCUAUCCGUAACAAUUUUGUUCUAAUCUACGAGCUCUUGGAUGAGAUUAUGGAUUUUGGUUACCCUCAAAAUCUUUCCCCCGAAAUUUUGAAGCUUUAUAUAACACAGGAAGGUGUCCGUUCACCAUUCUCGUCCAAGCCUACAGAUAAACCAGUGCCAAAUGCGACAUUACAAGUUACUGGUGCUGUUGGUUGGCGUAGAGAAGGCCUUGUAUACAAAAAGAAUGAGGUCUUUUUGGAUAUCGUAGAAAGCGUGAACCUUCUUAUGUCUUCAAAAGGUAGCGUAUUGCGCUGUGAUGUAACUGGAAAAGUUCUUAUGAAGUGCUUCCUGUCUGGAAUGCCUGAUUUGAAGCUGGGAUUAAAUGAUAAAAUUGGCCUGGAGAAAGAGUCACAACUUAAGUCUCGUCCAGCUAAAAGCGGGAAAACGAUCGAAUUGGAUGAUGUUACUUUUCAUCAAUGUGUAAAUUUGACGAGGUUCAACUCAGAGAAAACUGUCAGUUUUGUCCCACCUGAUGGUGAAUUUGAACUAAUGAAGUAUCGCAUAACUGAGGGUGUAAAUCUUCCCUUUAGAGUAUUGCCUACUAUCAAGGAACUGGGUCGGACCCGCAUGGAAGUAAAUGUCAAGGUAAAGAGCGUUUUUGGUGCAAAAAUGUUUGCACUUGGUGUGGUCAUCAAGAUUCCAGUACCAAAGCAAACAGCAAAAACAAGUUUUCAAGUGACAUCAGGCCGAGCUAAAUACAAUGCAUCUAUUGACUGUUUGGUGUGGAAGAUAAGGAAAUUUCCUGGCCAAACUGAGCCGACCUUGAGUGCUGAAGUAGAGUUAAUUUCCACAAUUGCAGAAAAGAAGUCUUGGACUAGGCCACCGAUUCAAAUGGAAUUCCAGGUCCCGAUGUUCACAGCAUCUGGAUUACGUGUCCGAUUUCUCAAGGUAUGGGAAAAGAGUGGAUACAACACGGUUGAGUGGGUUCGUUACAUUACCAAAGCUGGUUCGUAUGAGAUAAGGUGCUAGCGAAUAUAAACACUGAUUUUCUUGGAAGUUCCUGUAAAUGGGUUGGAGUAACAUAAUCAAGCUACCCAGCUACAUAUAAUAUCAUACUUUAGUCUCUGAGUGAGGCUUCAGUUACUCCAAAUCGAUGCAACUUGUCUUGCUUUCUGUAUCAUUAAUAUAUAGAUGUUUCUGGUAGGAUGGAUAACGUUUAUAGUAUCAUUUGUUGUGAAUUUGGGUUGAAUCAUGUUUUUGUAAAGGCUUGGACAAUUAGGCAUUAUCAACUCGAAACAGUCUGAUUUUGUACACUUUUUACAUUUUUUUAAUAAUUGAAAUUUGUUUUUUGGGAUGUA